AUGAACUCCCAAUACCGUACCUCGCUGCAGCAACAGCAGCGGGUCAAGAAGAAGGAGGAGGACCCCGCUGAUUUUAUGCGACUGUCUGAGAAGGAGAUCGCCUCAUGUAUCAGCGAAAUGGGCAUCCCCUUCCAACCUUCCGACAUCCUGAGACCGAAUCCGCAAGUCAUCCAAAUGGUGUUCGAGCACCUCGGCGAACUGGUCAUGAAUGCCACGAGAGACACCCUUGAUCCUGCCCUGCGCGCUGCCGCCGAAGACGUCUGCUCUGAGUUUCCUGACCUAGUGCCUGCAGAGACGAGGCUGCUCAUGGGCUUCUUCGUACAACUGCGCAACAUGCUUGAACAGUGCGGUGUCCAUGAUUUCUCGUUCAACGACCUCGUCCGUCCGACCCACGAUCGACUCGUCAAGAUCCUUUCGUACACCAUCAACUUUAUUCGGUUCCGGGAAACUCACACCAGCGUAAUAGACGAAAACUUCAACAAGGCCGAGACCACAAAGGCCCGGAUCGAGACGCUGUACACCGAGAAUCAGGAUAUGGAGCAGAGACUGGAAGAGAUGAGGCGCAAUAGAAAGGCAAUGGAGGUCGCCGUCAAGGAGAAGAUGCGACGCAACGACGAAUUGAAGGCGCGGUUGCUGGAGCUUCGAAAAGGUCAGGAACGAGUAGCAGAGCAGCUCGAGCGCGCCAAAGCCGAGAAAUCACGCUCCCAGGCAAUGUUGGAGGAGAAGACCGAAAGACUAGUACGAGCACGGCAAGAAAGCGAGAAGUUAAGACCGUACGUUUUACAGAGUCCGGCUGCCUUGCAGAGCACCCUGACGGAGCUGUCGGACAACCUGGUGCGCGAGAAGGCCCAGAUCGAUGCGUUGGAGCGCAGAUGCCGCGCCCUCCAGACAUCAGGGGACAGUUUUAAUGUUGUUCAAAAUGACGUACAGGCGUGUGUCAAAGUUCUGGAAGAGAUCGCAGUGGAGCUGCAGAAGGAGGAGGAGGAAGACGCGCGAGCGGCCAAGAACCGCGAUGCUCUUGCCGAGCGGGGGAACAAUGUGCGCGAGGUGGAGCAAAAUGAGAAGCUGCUCCAGCGGCAGCUGAAGAAGUGGGAAGAACGUAUCGAAGAGUUGCGUCGGAAGCACAAGGACCGAGAUGAGACCAACAAGGCCAAGAUGGACGAGCUGAGAGAGAUUCAGAAGCAGCUCAGGGACGAGCGGGCUGACAAGGGCCGGGAGAUGGAGAGAAGGAAAGUCCGGAUCGAGCAGACCGAGAAGAAGAUGGCCGAUCUUAAGGAGAACAUCGAACAAGAGGUCCACUCGGCGCACGAGGAGUACCUCAAACUUGAAUCCCACAUCAAGUUGUACAUUACCGAGAUGGAGCAAAGCAUGUGA